CACCAAAAACCAAAACCACAUUUAUUUUUCAAUCCAUUUUUUGUACUCUCACAUCCUAUCUACAAGCAACGCAAAAUACCUAUCCAUCACUCCUUCAUUAGAUGUCGUAGCUAGUGUUUUUUUGGGGAAUUUCUUCAACUUUUACUCUCCUAGAGUAUCUUACGAUUCCUUAAUCGACCCCUCACCGUUAUCUCUCAACCUUUCUACCCCUUAUCGAACACUUUAUCCCAACCUCAGAUCCAUAUUCCUACAAAACAAUCGAAAAGAUUGAAGCCCUUGGGCAAAAAGCUCUUCAUCUCCCCAACCUUCCUCUCCCAACCUUAUCAUGAGACGCGGUACUCUUAUAUUCCUGGUGAUCAAUUUCAUAAUAAUUGGUUUCCUGGUAAAUGCAUUCAGCACCUUAAUAUCAUUACUCUUCACAGAUGGUGCCGCAGAUGCCAUCCACCGCUCCGAAAUACCUGCGCCGGGUUCGGAAUUAAUUGAGACUCGUCCUCAGCUUAUUCCUAAAAUUAUUCAUCAGACUUAUAUCAACAGUUCGAUUCCUGAGCGGUGGAAGGCUGGUCAGCAAUCGUGUAUUGAUUUACAUGAUGAUUAUGAAUAUAAGGUAUGUAUAUUUAAUCAAAGAAUAGGAUAAUCGGAACGAGUUGCUAAUUUAUUAUAGUUAUGGACUGAUGAAGCCUCGAGAGCUUUCAUUGCCGCUGAAUAUCCUUGGUUCCUAGAUACAUUCGAUAGCUAUCCUUUCCCUAUUCAACGCGCAGACUCUAUUCGCUAUUUCGUACUAGCACAUUAUGGAGGAAUAUACAUUGAUCUCGAUGAUGGCUGUAACCGACGUCUUGAUCCCCUCCUUAGCUAUCCCGCCUGGUUGCGCAGAACUAUCCCUACUGGAAUCAGUAAUGAUGCCAUGGGCUCAGUCCCUCAACAUCCAUUCUUCCUCCGCGUCAUCGAAUCCCUCCAGUCCUACAACAGAAAUUGGGGCAUGCCAUACAUUACCGUAAUGUACAGCACAGGCCCAUUAUUCCUCUCAGUUCUCUGGAUUGAAUACAUGCGAACCGUUACCGACGAAGCAGGCCGCGUGCGUAAUCUCAUGCCAGAUGAAUACAAUAAACACGCAUGGAGUUUCUUCAACGUCGUAAAAGGUAACAGCUGGCAUGGAAAAGAUGCACAAACUAUUUUCUGGAUGGGCAAACAUUGGUUACUUCUUACCGUGACCGGUUUUGCCAUCGCAGGAAUAGUAGGUGGAUGUCUAUGGUUUGCAUGGAAUAUGUGGGUAGUGCGAUCGAGUAAAUCGCACAGAAGAGGAAUGGCUUUUUGGAGAAGAGUCAGUGGGAAAGAUCGUUACGAAUUAUUGGAUCGCGUGGCCUGAUGAGUGUAUAUAAUGGGUUUGGAUGCGCAUGAUAGGUACAUGCUGCUAUGAUAUAACAUUUGUAAUUAGCGAGUCUUUUUUUUGGGAUAGACAAGAAAGAGGUAGAUGGAUUGUAUAAAGAUUUUAAUGGAUGUUAUGAAUUAAUGGAAUCUUCUUUUGUAUAUAUAAGACUUAGUUUGGAGUUUGAUGGACUGAGUAUUAGUUGUAUGAUCUAUAUGGGUAGACUUUUGACGCCGCUGAUUUUGAAUUAUACCGGUUUCGUACCUUUGAUUACGGAGGGAGACUGAGAU